AUAAUAAUGUUUACAAUUUGGAUAUAUGGAUUCUCAUUUUUUGUGCUGGUAUCAAUGACUACAUCAAACUCUACUAAUGAUGUAGAGGUUCGGUUACUUGACAAUCAAAAUGCUCCAUUAGUUGCCACCCUUGAUAUGUCGAAAGCAGACCAACGUAUUAAGCAAUUUGUGAGUGAUGCAAUUUCAACAAAAAUGAAAACUAUAGAGGAAACCGUGAAUUCGAAGCAGUUUGUUAAUGAUGCAAUUGAAGCAAAAAUGAAAAACAUAGAAGAAUCUAGACAGUUUUUAAGUGAUGCACUGACAGCAAUAAAGAGAGACCAGGAAGUAAAUUUGAAAUCACAAAUUGCUAAUAUGGAAAGGAACUUGACUGACCAGUUAACUGGUUACAUUGAUGACAAAGUCGGCAAGAAAGACGAUGAACACGAAAAGCCGGAAGAACCAAACCAACGACCGAUUGAUUGCGGAGCUAUCAAAACAAAAAAGGGAAACGGAGUUUACAAGAUAUAUCCCAAACAUUCAGAAUUUGGAUUUGACGUCUUCUGUGAUUUUGAGACCGACAAUGGCGGAUGGACGGUGUUUCAGAGAAGGCUUAACGGAAAGACAGAUUUUUACAGAGGUUGGGAAUCGUAUGAAAAUGGAUUUGGAAAUUUAGAAGCGGAAUUUUGGUUAGGUAACCAACGAAUACAUACAUUGACUGCAGCUGGAAAAAGCGAAUUAAGAGUAGAUAUGUCUGACUUUGAUGGUAACAAGGCUUACGCAAAAUAUUCCACAUUUGCUGUUGGCGAUGCCUCUACCAACUAUAGACUAACUGUUGGUGGCUGGAGUGGGGAUGCUGGAGAUAGCCUGACAUACCAUAAUGGACAAGCGUUUACUACCAAAGACAGGGACAAUGAUCCAUGGACAAACAAACCAAACAACAAUAAUUGUGGUAUAUACACCCAGGGUGCAUGGUGGUAUAAAACCUGUGCAAUUUCUAACCUGAAUGGGAUAUACACGGAUGGAGGACAGAUUAAUUCUAAAGGAAUAACUUGGUACCAUUGGAAGAAUAAAAACUAUUCAUUCAAGUCUUCUUCAAUGAUGAUUAGGAGAUUAUAAUUGAAAAACAUGUCAAAUUAUAUUACUGUAAAGAUAAGAAAAGAUUUGUCUAAAACAUAUCAUAUUGCAUUGUAUGAUCUUUUUGUUAUUGAGCAGGAAAUAAUUGCACAUGCUUUGCAUUUAAUGUAUGCUUCUGCUCAUUUUGAAGAUCUAAAUGUUUAUAUGAAACUUUCUGCGUAAAAAACUAAUAGUCUCGUUAAUGUUAUAAACAUAAUAAUGUCUUUAGAUAUUAGCACCAUAUUCACAGAUAACAGUCUGUGUUACAAAUUGUAUCCGACAAAUACUUCAGCAUGGUGUGUGUAAAUACAUUUCUUGGUGAAAGUUGCUGCCCAUAUAUUUUUCGACCAAAAAAAUAUGUAAAUUCCGCUUCAGAUAGAAUAUGUGAUGUUUGGCAUUUAUGACGUCAAAAUGACAGUCCAAGUGUUCUUUUGAGAUUGAUGAGUCCACACCUGUUCGGAUAUCAAUACAAUUGAUAUAAUUUUUAAGGCAUAAGUUUAGUUUGUUGCAAUACUAUACACCAAAAAGGCUAUUAUUGAACCUCCUUUUCGUUCUAGAAUACGUAAGGCAAAUUUUCUCGUCAAAAAGGGUUUUCGUGUCACAGCUGAUGACCAAAAUAAGAGAUAUCAAUACCGUGGGUAUAUUUGAUAGUUGAAAAUUGCGCUCACGAGAAGUUAAAUUAGUUAAUUAGUAUUAUAAAGGGUGUUAUUUACAUAUUUCUUCGCUGGUACAGAACCCUGUAUAUGUAUAUUACUACCCUAAGACCAGAGUAUCCUCUGGUAUAUAUCUAAUACUUUAAUUUUGUAAGUAAACAUUAUUUAUCGUUAAUAUAUAAUUUCUCUUUUAUCUCAGUGUCCUAGUAAUAUCUAAAAUGAUGAAUUGAUAUUUUCAGAAAAGCAUGUUCAAAUUCAUAUCAACGGAUGACUUUCAAACAUUUAGCAUAGUUGUGGUUGUAUUUGAACUGACGUGGUCGUCGAUGUUGAAUAUGAAAAUUAUUUCUCCGCCACUGUAUUUCAGUUCUAAAUUUAGCUUAUAAAAUUUGAAAGUAAUUGAAAAGAGUAUGUAUUUCACAAAUGUUAAGGAAUCAUUUCUUCUAACAGACAAAGCAUGUUCAAAUGAGUAUACACAUAGCAUUCAACUGGUGAAGUACAAGGAGAAAAAGUUUAGUGCUGCUUAAAUGAAGAACGUGUAUAAAAUGGCCUCAAUUUCGUAUAAAUAAAGUACGUACGUAAUUAUUUAUUGCAUAAUAAGCUGUUGACAUGUGAAUAGCCUUGGCUUAUUUUUGCUUUACAAUCACACUAAUUAUAGAAAGUGGUGCUUACAAAAAAACUGCAUCUUUCCCCGUACCUAAUUUAACAGGGGCAGGUUUGUGAUCUUUAACAAUGUAAUUUGGUUGCUUUUUACUCUGGUCAAGUAUAAAUUAGUCAUUCAAAUAGUCUCUAGAACUAUUUGCUUUCAAUUCUUUCGUUGUUUUGUAAAGGUAUUUAAAGAUUUUUGCUGUGAGUUUUCUAUAUAUUUCUAUCUAUUUCAGCCAAAAUUGUUUAAUCGGCUGCUGUUCGACAUUUUAAAAAUUCUCUAAAAUACGCGAUAAAUUUGUCUCGCAAUUUUACAUUCUCGGUUAAGGGAGUUCAGUUCUCAUUUAAAAACAAAAAUAAAGUUUAAACACUAUUCUAUAUUGAUAGGAGAUGAAUAAAGGAAUCAAAAGAGCAAAAGAAAUUCAUAUAUCAAUGGAGUUGUUUUCGACAUGCUAGCCAUUGAAAUUAUUAGCAGGAAUGUAUUCUCUGUGGACUAUUCUUAGCUUUAUCAUUGACAAGUUUUAAGUUCUCAGAAACAAUACAAAAAAUACUUAAAAAUUUAUAAAACUUUCACAGAUGGCUUAUCAUUAUAUAAAAUGGACAAAAAUCCCAAAACAUGACAAUCGAACUUCCUUAAUUUAUGGUUUAUUUAUAUACAAUCUAUGACGUUGUUUCUCAUUUUUAAUAGUACGACUGCCAGUUUUGACAAUUUUUAUCAAAAAUUCACAGAAUUUAAUUUCACGUAUGUUUGGUUCUGUCAAAUUAUGCAAAUGAUCUUUUGUUUUUACCGUUGUUUAUAUUUUGAUGAAAUUCUGCCAAUGUCUCACUUUAUGUAUGAUUGCCAUAUUUUCUUGUAAAUGUUAAAGUAUUUCAUAUUCAUCUAUAUAGGGUGCAUACAGUCUUAUAAUUUGGAAAUUAGUAUGGCGUUCAUAAUCAUUGAACUAGUAUAUAUUUGUUUAGGGGCCAGCUGAAGGACGCCUCCGGUUGCGGGAAUUUCUUGUUACAUUGAAAACCUGUUGGUGA